GACCCGCCCACGAUUCGAAAUGUCACCACGUCAUCUAAGAAGUCUUGGAUUGGCCAGCCAGUGACUUUGAAGUGUCUUUCUGAUGGUGUUCCUACACCAACACUCUCAUGGUACAAACCUGAAGGAAGUGAAAUAAACAGAGUCACAGCCAGAGAAAACAAAGUACAAGUGCCACUCAGGGGUGAUCAAGAUUUUGGUCAUUACAAGUGCAUUGCUGCCAAUGGACUUAUUCCAUCUGAUGAGAAAUUAAUAAAGAUAACUCAGAUAAGUAAGUCAAUGAGAUCAGUGUAUUUUUAUAUGAAGAAGUUCUAUAUAAGGUCAGCAUUUUCUCAGGUGUAUUAGAAGUAAAAACCAAAUGUUCUUACAAAGUAUUGGACAGAGUAACUCAUUCACUUUGUACAUCUCAUUCGAUGAUUUAACAUUUAAUACGUGCGGAUAUUUUGCAAGACCCAUAGGCGUGUGGAAAAAAUAUAAGCUUGUGUUAAACCAUCGAGUAAGGGAUUUAUUAUUCUUUCAUUUACGAACAAUUUGUCCGCUUAGUUUUCGACAUACAUCCUACGGCCUUAUCUGAGCGUUCCAUUCACAUUUUUCCCCUCUUUAGCAGCAUUAGACCUUCACAUAUUUUUCGCCUUCGUUGCCCCAAUGAGGUAUAACAGAAUAUUACUGGAAUUAUACCGGAUAUAGUUAGCCUGAUCUUUUAGCUGGAAAUGUGCCCGUAUUUGUGAAAAAUAUUUAAAGUAAAUUGUCGACACCUUGCCCUUUCUUUGCAUUAAACACGUAACAAAAGAGCUUUGAACUUCACACACUGCACAAAGAAACACUGCAGUGAAACCACUAUAUAAAAGGUAAACCAAGCCAUGGUGUAAUGACAACGGUGUGUUGAAUUUGCACCACGGCCAUUACGGCACGAUGACGAUGUCAAGGAGGUAGUUUCGUCACAAUCCAGUAUCACGUGGUACAAAUCAUCUAAUCAGAAAAUCGGAAUUCGAACAGUGUAUGAAAGUUGAGUAAUUAGCUGUGAGAAGACGUGGACUUGCAUUCAUCCUUAGUGUUGUGACAAAACUCAAAGUAAUCUCUUCUCCUAUGGCACUAUGUAGAGAAACCAGGAAAGCAUCCAUCAAAUCAGAAUCAGUCAUUCAAGCAACUUCUAUAACAAUACAAUGGACUGCACCAGCUGAUGAUGGAGGAAGUCAGAUUAUAGGAUUCCAAAUGAUCUUACAAAAGGAUGAAACUGUGUUAAAAAAGGUUAAUAUCACCGAUCCUGGGACGAGUAGUUAUUCGUUUCGUGGUUUGGAGAAAGAUACCAACUACACAGUAAAACUGUUUUCCAGAAAUUUUGUAUUCGAGGGAGAUCCUACUGUAUGGAACAUUAAGACCAAGUUUGAAGGUGAGGAAUCAAAAGUGAUGUCGUGAGCAUUUUACACCAAUCAUUUUUUUCGCCAACUUAGAUUUAUUGUGAGUAACCCAGUGUUAACAAUGUUAUCUGCUUGCCGCAUUAUAAGAUUUUCGAUUUUCAGCGUUUGUCCCUCCUUAAUGGCCAGUUAUAUUUAAUUUCUGAUGUUCAUGUUUCAAAAUCUGUAAUAUGAAUCAGCAACAACAACAACCGCUGCAUAGUGACCUUUAGGAUAGUUGGAUACAUUUUUCCUAAACUCGUACCGGCCAUAUUCAGAAGGCCCAAUAACCCUUAGGCAGUGAGACAAUUUCCACACAUCGUUUGACUAAAGAAUUGAAGUUUGAAGAAAUAGGCCUUUCAUGAAAAUCGCUUUUAACAUGCAAAUAUUAUGGGAAAUCUCGUCAAACAUUGUGUGGACGGCCUCAAAGAAUCCUCCGUAUAUUUCCUUUAAAAUGAAAAAUAGCUUAUUUUCAUUUCGCAGGGAUAAGCCCAAACCAAAACAAUUAAGAUUGCCGUCUUCAAGAGAGUUUCUUUCGAAUCACAUACGGCACAUAUCUUACUCAACAAAAAAACUAUUGUGGUAACAGGUGUGAACUUAGUAACUGAAGUUGAACAUGUGAAACAUGGCAAUGAAGUUCGUCGCAUCUGUUUUCGCUUUAGUGCUUCUUCUCAUAGCCUUCUCGGUUGGCAAACCUCCUGAAGAAAAAAAAGCUUGAUGUCUCGGCGGAAAAAACCCGCGCCAGCUUAUGUUUGCAGAAGAAGAAUCGUAGGCCUGGACGCUCAAAUGGCUCGAGAAGCGGAGAAUGCGCACUCAUUUUUCCGCUGCGUCAUUGCAGAGUGCCUGUACUAAGUCAUGCGCGAUGUCAAACUUUUCAAAAGCAGAGAGUAGUUGCACACGAACUGAGAUCCUUUCUGUAACUACGUGACACAAACGAAUGAUGAAUUGCGACGUCUUAUAUGCAUCGGUCCUUCAUUUGAUCGCGUGUAAACAGCAGUUAAAUGCCAGUAGAAGUCGGUGUAUCGUUAAAUUCACCUUCUAAAUGCAGUAUUUGUUUUAGGCAAUAACCGAUCAUCAUGUUAGGCUUCUCAUUAUCACUUUUUGUCCUUUCAAAUUAUUUUGAAUUCAUCUUAAUAUUUAACUUAAUUUUGCUUGCCAUACACUUUCGUCUCAAAUAUCCCAAAAAAUCCUCGACCAAUUUACAGAUUAUUUAAUCACUGAUAAUGGUUGUGACCAGGUUUGUAACAAGAAGUUGUAUAAUUAUUAGAAAUUUCACGCCGUUCGUGUCGUUGACAUCAAUCUAGGAGCCCCGGAUGUGGUGGAAAUAGACGAACUGCCAGGUGAAACAACAGACAAUACAAUUACCUUAAAGUGGAAGGAGCCAGAAAGUAAUGGAAAAGUUAUUAUCAUGUAUACAGUGUACCAAAGAGUAGUAACUGAUGGAAAAGUGGGACAGUGGACAGUAAUAAGGAAAAUCAAAAACGUUUCUGUGAGAGAAUUGAAAAUAACAUUGGAGAGAGGAGAGGUGUAUCAGUUUGCCAUUACUGCAACUAAUGAGCUUGGUGAAAGCCUAAAACAAGAGGAUGAAAACUUCCAGCAAGUCAAGGCAGAAGAAAGUAUGUUCAAAUGAAUCUUAUUUUCCCCUUUCAACGGUUUAUCCUUUUCUUUACUUAGUUUUCAAACACUCUCCAUGUCAUCAACAUCGAGGUUUUUACGGGUGAGUUCUUCGCUUGCAAGAACCUGAAUCAACGGGAAAAAUUUUACUUACGUCGCAGUUGAUAUUUGUAUGCCAACUGCAAAUAUAUGGCAUAUCUAUUAACUGAGAUUUUAAUCAUUGACUGGCACACACAAAUAUUUUAAGUGGUUUACUGACACAUGCUGAUCUGAAUCUGGUAAGAGAAGUCCGCAACACUUUCGUUUUAUCUUCUUACAUUUAAAUUCACUGCGUUUUUCUUUCCUUUGCCGCCAUCACUUAGUUGAUGCAUCUCUCCCACAAAAAAAUUUCACUCUCUCACACUGAAUUCAGAGAACUCUUUUGUCAUUUUCACCACCACGGCACUUCAUUCUUUUACCGAUGAAAAUUACUUCGCACUUGGCCUCCUCUGCGCACCGUAAUUUCGACACCAGAUUACUGAACCGCGAGAACUCAGAAGUGGCCUAUUGUCGGCGUUUUCGCUUUAGCUUGAUGAAUAAUGUAUGAUCACGCUUUCUCACGCUGCGAACAGAGAGGUUGUCAAUCUUUUCACAGGUUUUAUUCGGUGAAGCUACAGAGCGUGACCCAAACUUCAUGUCUAAAGGUCAUGAAUGGGUCUUCAUUUUCCUGGGUCUUCGGUCUUAGUUUUCGGGGAUCUUCGUUUUCGCUGCAAGCGUAGUUCGCUUUCUCUUUGUUGUUGACCUCUUUUCAGUCUGUUUUCUGUAGCUCUUUGUAUUGCCUUCUCACGUUGGUCUUUGUUAGAUAUUCACCAUUCUACUUUAGCCUUUUCUUGUUCUCUAUCGUCUUCUCCUCGUUGUGUUCUGCCUAUUCUUCACCCUAUCAAACCCCAUUUCGCGUUUUUCUCGACUCGCUCCACACCUUUUAAGUUCUCUCUCUCUCUGGUCGCUCUCUCUCUCCAUUUCCAGUCUAUUUUCACUCGAGACCCUUUCUCCACGAACUUGAAUCAUGAUAAUUUCUUCCGUUUGGAAAAGCUUUAGCUCUGAGUAUCGUUGCUUUGCAAGUUUAUUAGAAAUUGCAAAAUACCAAGAAUUACUUUUCAACUACAACCUCACCAGUAUGAUUUCCCGCUCAAAACACGGGUUGCAAAUUCUUUCCUCGCGCUGCUUCACAUCCUCUAACCAACCUGAAACCUUUCUAGGUUUCUAAAAACAUCUCUUAAGUCGAAUCUUAGGUCUCUUUUCGUUGUCAAGUUUGAGAUGAGAUAUGCUUGUUCUAGCUUGUCUUCGUUUAAAUCAAACUUUAGCAGCGCAAGAAACAGAUACAAGACAAAUUUCGUAUUUCAGUGGAUAGAGUUGCCAUGAUCAUUGAAAUUUGGUUGAAUAAUCAAAAGAGAAGAAUUGAAAAAAUAACAGGUUGAAAGUGACUAUUCUUUUUAAUUUAGUACAAUUACGGAGGAGUUUGACACAAUAGAGAAAACUGUUGAGUGAACAGUCAUACCUGGCGACAUUAAGAGAAGAUAUAAUAGAAGCCCGUACGUUUCUGGCGUAUUGUUUCACUGAUUCACUGUUCUCACGUAUACCCAUCUAUUAAUUGACCGGUAAUCUCUUAACUGGAAGUCGCUUACGGUCGUUUCUUUCAACUCUGACUCAUUUUCCCAAACCAAAGUUCACAAUAACGCUCAAUGAAAUAUCAUUUUAACCGACGCUGACAUCAUACGCGACAUCUGAAAAAGAAAACAUUAUUUAUCCUGAACCUGUGCGCACUAUGAUUGCCUUUCAUCAUGGUCGCAAAAGAAAAACUGAGGCCCCGUUUAAACGGUCGGGAUAGUUGACGAUAUUUUCAACUAUCAAGCGCGUUUGAACCCAAACUAUCAUGCUCUAUCAUCACAUUUCAUCAAAUGUCAUGUAGUUUGGACAUAUCCAAAUUCGACAUGAUACUUGAUGAUAGUUUUUUUUGUUUGAACGAGGGGAGGAUAGUGAAUGAUAAUUGUUAGGUCAGCAGUUUUGCCAAAACGGGCUCAAACCAAAAUGGCAUAUAACAUAAUGACUAAAAUAGGCAUUGGAAUUUCCCAGAAUGUCUCGUAAUUAAUUCUCAUCAUUUCCUGGUAGGCUUCAGUAUCUUCAGCUUCUAACUUCUUGACUAAAAUUUCAAUGCCACUGAAAUUUCUGACCUCAGCUCGCAUCAUACUUGUGUACAAUUACGCGAUCUCAUUGGGUGGUAUUUUGUCAAUUAUCAUUGACUAUUAUGAACCGUUUGAACACAAACUUGAUAGUCAAUGAUGUGAAUGAAAGUUGAAACUAUCAUUCAGUUGUCUAUCAUUAACGUUCAUAAUCGUUUGAACGGGGCUUAAGUCAUUUGCAUCCUGUUGCAGUCGAGUGAACAUCUCUUGAUGGAAGAGAGAAUAGCGAGAAAUGUAUGUAAUGGGAAUUCACUGUCUGUUGCCGCUCCUUCGUUCAGUAAAAAGGAAAGUUAAAAAGUGUUGAAGAACCUUUGGGCUCCCGUCAUUCUUCUGCGACCAAAUCGUUAUUAGGAGGCAACUAAAGAGAUUCAGAAAGAAUCGAAACAGCAGUUAAUCUUAAGAAUCUUCAGGAACGGCAGCAAUUACACUCCCAGCUGAUGGCUGUGUGAAUAAUAUCGAAUUCAAAAAUUAUAUUCCUAGACGGGACUUAUUUAUAAUGACAGGGAAUCGACCCUUGACAUGCAAAUAUAUUACAAAGAGAUAGACUCAUCCACCAGGCGUAAAUAGGGAGCUGGAAUCUGAGGUCGCUACGUUGAUCACUGUAUCAGCGCUACUUUUUCCACCAGAGAGGUACUUUCAUCCAGCUCUAAAAUAGAUCUGGGAAAUUUCUGACAGCCCUUUGGCUUCUCUAGAAGUCAAAGUUAGCAGAUAACAGUCUAUGCAUUAGUGGAUGUGCUACAGACCCACGGAGUCUCAUAGUUUUGUCAUCCUCAAAUCCAUUACAUGUCAAGAAUACCAUUCCUUAUUCUCAGUGUCUUAGGCUUCAUCGCCUAGACAUUGACAGUUCUGAUUUUCCAAGAAAUCAGAGGCAAUAUGCCAGUUCUUCAAAAAACCGUGGCCAUCCUACUUUUGUCAUUCAAGGUAAUCUUUAACAACGGAUCGAAAGUCGGCAUUCUACAAACGGCGCAGAAGGAAGAGAAUGAUCGUAUUCCAUUUUAGCGGCACAAUCACGCAAUAAGACCUGUCCUUCUAACAAAUUUAAAUUACUUCAAAAUGAUCCAAAAACUGGUAUAUUAUUUUUGCGUAAAACGGACAACUGUUUGGUCAGUAUAAUGUUAAGACUGGCUCUACCAAUGUCAUCUAUUUCAUAACUUGCGCUUAUUUCAAAAAGUUAUACUUCGGCGAAAAGGAAGACGACUAGGGGAACGAUUCUGAAGACACCAUCGUGACGCAAAAUACAAGAAAAACAAUAUCUCUCAAAUUGGCCUCCCAUUCGUACAUUUGAUGCCAGUGUUCUUUGCAAGUAAAGGCUGUUUUUUAUACAUAAGUUCAAAUGAUAAUUCUUGUGCAAACAAACAAACAAACAAACGUUCAUUUUCAGUCGUAUUUUGUUUUUCCCCAGUUCAAACAGUAAGCACAGAAGUUUACCUGACAGCGACAAUACAGGAGGACUGUAGCAGACGUUCAGAAGUUGCUGCGAAAUUUCCAGAAAUGGUUAGAUAAUCUACUUGAUCCAUAUACUGGAGUUUAAGGAAUACUGCCAUGAGAUUUAUCAUAAAAAUUGAAUCUUAAUCAAUCUGUUCUUGAAUUAAAUCUUAAUAUUUCUGUUAAAAAAAUAAGAUAUUCUGAACGAUCUUCAAUAUGUGACAGGCAUUUGAAUGUACGUUUUUUUCUUGAUAUGUCGUUUUAGGCUUGUCAAAUUGCCUUGAGGUUUGGCUGCUCAUCCGCCAACACUGUGAACACCAGGUAAGGUACAGGUUGUUGUUUUACACUGAAACAACAAACGCAAACGCAAACGCAAAUUUGCGUUCUGGGAGGGGGGAGGAGCUUUAUCUUAAUGUGUUGUAUUUUAGCGGUAAAACUGGUUUUUCUGCUCCAGCAAAUCCUAUAUAAUGCGAGAUAAUUUACAUUUGAAGUACAUUUCCUUUAAUGAACAGCAAUAUAUCGGCACAGAAUGACAUGAAUUAAUUUUAUUUACCUUGGUUUAUUACAUUGGUUAAAUCUCAAUGUAUUUUAACACUUAAAAGUCACCAAAGUACAAAUAUGUGUGAUGAUACUCUUUUUGCUCCCCCCCCCCCUCCUUAUCUAGGUGUGGCAGUGUUGUUCUUGACUUCAUGAUGAGGUUCAAUCAAAGUGUAGUCGUCAGCAAUGUUUUGAUUGUCCUGUCGGAUGCUGCGAGGCAAGACAAAUUCGAAGGUUUUAAAGUCAAACCAGACUCGAUUAAACAAGUUUUAAUACCCACAGAUGGCUCGGAAAGCACAACAAAAGGUAAAUUUUAGAAAGAAAUUGUUAAAUGUUUACACGUAUUGUUCCGAAGAUGGACUGUUUAUAAUUGUAUUCCGUAUCUGUUUAAUUAAACAACUUAUUCUGCGACUGAUGCAUUUCUAGGUUUUGUUUUUGUCGUUGUUUUAUUUCAUUAAAAAAAAUCUUAAAGUGAACGUUUUCCGGUCACGAACCUAUGCUAUGUGGUGAGAGCAGUGUAUCGAUCAGGAUCAGUGUAAAUGUUGUUUGAAUGUUAUUUCAUCAAGCUUUGUAAAAUGAAUCUUUUUUAGGUCCUGAGGAAUGUAACUGCCUAUCUAACAACGUCUUGUUGGCCAUAAUUGGGGUUCUUGCCCUCACAGUCCUUCUUCUAAUAAUUUACAUAAUCUGGCUACAUAAGAAAGGUAGGUAAAAAAUCAUAAUCUGUAGAAGGUUUGGCUGUAAGAUUCAUUAUUAAGCAAAAGCAAAUUUUGACCCACAUCCACAUCACUGGUCUUUUAGUCCUUUCGUUCUUUUUCAGGCGCUGUAGGGAAACAGAGGUAAGAAUUUGCUGCCAGCUGGAUUGUGUCGAUGUAAUGUACCAGAUAUGGUUUCAUCUUAAUAAAAAAUUCCAAUCAAAACUGAUGAAAUUCUUAGCGUUUCAUAAUUAUUUCUAUGCUUUCUCAAUUUUAGAAAUUAUGAAGAUGAAAGAGGUGUUUGCGACGUAAGUAUCAGCUAAGACAUUGAGGUCAUGUUAGUGUGGUCAGAAAUUAUGUAAUCUCACUUUACCUCUACUUUCUAUAAGAAAAUAAACGCUUGCAGCAAAUAAGAAGGAAAAAAUGUAUGUAGUUCUAAAAAAAAAAAAGCACCGGCAGAUACAAUGAAAUAGAGGAGGAAGUUUGACUCGAUAAGGUCUUUGUCCUGGAAUCAUGUUUUAAGCCGCUCCAUGGAUUUUCCUUAGGUUGUUCUCGGCUCAACUGCGUGGCGUCACUUCAUAGAUCGUUAACUGGUCUGCUCCCGGUUGAUAUUUGCUUUUUAAACAAUUGAUUGACAAUUGCCGUCAUAUUUUCUUGAUGCCUCAUUUUCUAAACGUGGGUUUAAGAGCUGAGUACAGCAGGAGUUUUUUCGUGGGUUUAUUUGUCAAAAUUGCACUACCAAUCGACAAUCUUCAAGUUGCAGUUUGUAGCUUCGGCGAAUAUGCUAUGAGUCUCGAUCACUCCACUGGACAUAAUAGUUUCAAAAGCAGAGAACAAAAUGUUAGUAGUAAAAAAAAUGUUACAAUAAUAAUAGGGACAAGAGAUUAUAAACUUUUUUUCAUCUCUUGUUUUGAAAGAAUAUAAACGUUUGUCAAAUAAAAAUGAGUAAGCUGAUUUUUAUAACCAAUGGUAUGUUGGUUCAAUAGAAUGAAACAGGAUUAGUAGAUAUCACACCAAGUCAGCCAGAUUCAAGAAAACUCACUCAAUCUCCUGCGGAAUACAUGGAUCUCAUAGAAGUCAACAAAGAUGAUAGAGAAGCACAAAGUACCGCUACAGGUGCUGAUUACGUGCCUCUCCUUCCGUUAACACGCUGCUGGGAAGUUCCAAGACAUCACGUGACCAUAGAAAAAAUCAUUGGUAAAGGUGCUUUUGGUCAGGUUGCCAAGGGAACAGCAGUAGGACUUCCAGGGAGUCCUGAGACGACCACAGUGGCUAUUAAGAUGCUUAAAAGUGAGCUCUUGUACUGUAUAUUGAAUGAAAGUCUUGGCCUACAGACGUUCAGGAAAUGUUACCGGGUUUACGUAAUUUUUUAGCUAUUUGCCUUUUCAUAACUUAUGUUGUUAUUUCGACAUUAUUCCCGUUAACCAAAUUUUACUCUUUGUUUUUAACGCUCCAGCAAACGCUUCUGAAUCGGACAAGAGAGAUUUGAUGAAAGAACUUGACACAAUGAAGCAGCUAAAACCACAUCCUUACGUCAUUAAACUUCUAGGAUGUGUUACGGAGUCUGGUAUGCUUUGGUUAUGCGCGUCUAAUUUUGCUGUACACAUUUUGCUUAUGAUUAAUUGAGCACAACAAACAACCAUCGUAUGAGGUAAUUUUAUCUUGUUUUAGCCAACACAGACGUUCCUGGAUUUAGUGAUAGACUAAGACCGAAUAUUUGCCACUGAACAGAUCAUUUUGUUGUAUAAGCAGAAACGCUUUUUGUAAGGGAAUAAUUGGUCUGUACCUUCUUCACAUAGUUUUUCUUGUUUUCAUGCGAUUUCUUCAAAAGUGUUGACAAUGACAGGGCUAUUCAUUUGUUUUAAUUAUUGUUUUUUUUUAAGAGAGAGUAAUAUAUUAAUUAAAUUGUUUAAUUUCUUCAGAAGAGCUGUUGGUUUUGAUUGAAUAUGUGCCUUUUGGGGAUCUGCUGGGUUACCUGAGAAAGAGCCGUGGAUUAAAAGACACUUAUUACAAAGACCCGGAUAUCAAACCGCAAACAAAUCUGACGUCACAGCAGCUGAUGAGGUUUUCUUGGCAAAUUGCUGAUGGAAUGAGUUACUUGUCCGCAAAAUCUGUAAGUUAGUUAAAAACACAAAAGACAAACAAUUCUAAAACCUUCUCGUAAGGUCUAUCGUCAUGUUAAGCUCUGUCUGGCAUGGAAUAUUAUGUCUUCACAAGAUCACGCCUGGGAGAAGCAAACGUAUCCUUACCGUCUUGUUGAGGCUAUUUCUUUAGGGUCGAGAACCUUCCCAAUUUUGAGGUCGUCAUAUAAGUUUUAUUUCAAUGUGAAAUAAAAUAUUAGGAUUUUUCUCGUGUAGGCAAAGGGAGAGACGUGAAUGAAUAGGAUCUUUUAAGAUAUUCAGCCUAAACUAAGUGUACAACAAAUAUAUAUUUUAGUGACAAGGAAGAAAAGUAAUUAAAACUUCAAAUUAAAAAAUUCAUCUUUUGUUGCCAAACUGCUACAUUACAGAAUCCUAUUUCGAUUAAAAUCUUAAGAUAAGCGUUCUUUAAAAUAACUACGUAUUGCAGACAUAAAGUAGUUUGCUUCUCUUUGGAAUAUGGAGUAGAUAUUGUAGUAGUUUUAAUUUUCUGCCAUCUGGGAGAAAUAGAAAUACGCACACCAUAUGUUGCUAGAUAUUUCUAUUUUCCUAUCCGAACCAUUUCAUUUCAGUUCUUUUUCUUCUGCAAUCGCUAAUUUUUGCUGUUGCAUCAAUUCUUUCCAAGAUCAUUCACCGAGACCUUGCGGCCCGUAAUGUGUUAGUUGGACAAAAGGAAACGUGUAAAGUGACAGACUUCGGAAUGGCCAGAGAUGUGCAGCAGGAAAAUAUUUAUGAACAAAAGACUAAGGUAAUCAAGAAAAAGGAGAGGUGAGGGCGGUAUUACAUAUUGUUCAGUUUAGUGAUCUUUCACAAUCAUUGUUGUUUUAAUGCUGCUAUAUUCCUGAUUUCGAUCAUGAAUUCCUUGGGACCCUAAUGAAAAUAUUAUCCAUGCGUAUACGAGUACAACUUUAAAUAUCACUGUUUUUGACUUGUCGCUACCUAUAAUUCUCGAGCUGUUUCACAAAGUGGUAUUUAAAAUCUUUAGGGCCGUCUUCCCGUGAAGUGGACAGCUUAUGAGGCCUUAUUGUAUGGUAAAUAUACCACCAAAAGUGACGUGUAAGUAUACCUGAUUAUCAACCGUAGCAAUUUAUCAACAAGUUUUAUCAUUUUUAGUCAGGACUUGAAUUCUAUGCUUUGUCAAAGAAUACAUUUAUUUUAUUCGUCGUAUAUACUGUUUAUGUCUAUAGUCACUUAAUUUAUAUUCGUUUGAUUUGUCUUUCUGCAGAUGGAGUUAUGGAGUUUUGUUGUACGAGAUUUUCACCAUAGGUAACAUCGAAAGGAAGUUUAUGAGGCUCUUAAUUAAACAAUGUAUCGUAUUCAGUUAGACAAACGUAAUAUGCUUCCCCAUGCAACCUCAAACUCCAUCAACUGACACAGGUGAUGUUUUAGUGAAGGUCUUUUUUUUCGUCACGUUUUUAUAUUUCGAUGGUCUUGUGGUUCUUCUAGGCGGUUCACCUUACCCACGAAUGGAUGGAAGAAAAAAAAUUGCAAACUUACUCCAGGAUGGAUACAGGAUGCCUAAACCACAACACGUCGAUGAAAAAUUGUAAGUUUUCUUUGUUACCUCGUUCUCUCUCAUUGUACAAGGAUAUGCUCUUUAAAUCUCAAAAAGAUCACUUGAACAAUGCCAGGUAUCAAAUCAUGAUGAAAUGCUGGAAGAAUGACCCAGAUGCAAGACCAACUUUCACUGAAUUGAAAAAUCAGCUUAAGGACAUGGAAACCCUACACAAGGUCAGAAUUUUUAUCAAUAUGAAGUUUUUUCACGUAGGACCGACUGGCUUAGGCUCAGCUAAUUAGGGUUAAACUUAACAGCAUUGAGCCUAAAUAGCGUAGUAAUAUGUACUCAUCUUUGUAAUUUUUACGAAGUUUGCAUUGCAUCUUUUUGUUAUGACACUGAAGCUAGUACUCCACGAAAAACAUCAAAGAAGUGAACAAGAAUGUCUCAAUGACAAUUAAUACUUUAUGGUUAUUUAAAAGAUCAUAGGAUGAUUGCAAAACUGCAUUGAGGCGCACAAAGAGUAGCAGAUGACGACGCCAUAAAAUACUUCCUCCUUGAAUUUGUUUUGGUGUGAAAACCUGACCGCUUGUGAGGAUAACCACUUAAAACUUUUUUAAUGAUGCUGAUUAUUAUAUUAUUUUCCUCUGCAGAAGCUAAUCGACAUGAAAAUGUACGACAAGCAAUUAUAUGCAAACGUCGAGGAUUUAAUGGUGUAG